AUGGCCACUCACAUCGAUUACACUCCGGGCUACGCUGCCUUUGGUCAACUCUCACGGGACUUUAGUUGGUACAAUAGCGACAACCCAAUCUCUAAACAUUGGUACUGGCGCUCCUUUGCAUAUCUUAGAGACCUAGCUAAGGAGAUCAGCGAAAAGGUGUGGAAUCCUUCCAGAGUGCCAAAGGUUGGGGUCACGACCAAAUACGUCAGCCGACAGGGUCUUAACUACCAGGUCAUCGACAACUCCCCAACUGGAGCUCCCGAGGACAAGUAUGUCUGUGGUGUCACGGCUGUCUCAUUGCCCGUCGAGCAGCCCUCCUACCUCUUCCUGCCAAACACCGAUGCCUCGCCAUCAUAUGUCAUGGUGGAGAUUAGCGACUCGGCCAAAGUGUUUACUGGUAUUACCUCCAUCCAGGCCCUAUCCUUCUCCCCACUCAUGCCGCUCAUCCGAGAGAUGAGCAGGGAUAAUAUUGCUACGAUCAACAACAACGACAAUGAUGGAUGGUGGAACUCGCUCCACGGCCUCUUCCCCAGCGCAGAUUGGAUCCCAACCACCCCCAAUGUCUACAUGACAGCCCUUAAUGGCGCCACAGCCUAUGUCAAGAAUCAGUCUGAUGAGGGUAUUGCCUACUGUGAAACCUUCUGGGAUUGGCAAGAAAGCAGUGACGCGAACCCCGAUGGAUUUUACGAUUAA